GGGAGCGCAGUGGUGACAUUUUUGCCUCUGACAUGUCACCGGCUGCCUCGCUGCUUUCGUUUGCGGCACUUUUCGCUGUCUCCAAAGCCGUCGUUACUCCUGUAGAAGAAAGCGGGCCAUGCGCUAAAUUCAUAAUGGACAUUACUUCAGCGAAUGGGCGCUUCUAUAAUGGUAUUGACGAGGUCAAGUUCCAGUUUGAAGCAAACAACAAUGAAGUACUGCACAGUGUUAGAAACACCUGCAAAGAACUAGGCUCAGAAGUGGCCAAGCAGAUAGUGGAGGCGUGCAAUGAAGACUACCAUGUUAAGACAAAGCCAAAACUGGCCCCGCUGGGUGACGAGAUUUUGUCACCGGUGUAUGCGACCUGUGAGGGCUUAGCAGAUUGUGGGCCCAUAGUCAUCCACGUCACGCAGGUGUGCGAUCACCUAAUGCUUCUUGCGAAACGUUGAUGUAUCAGCUCUCAUACCGCCAACAAAUGGACACGGUCAAAGCACCAACGACAUGUUAGAUCUUAAAAUCUUGAUGUUGAAAUGGUGUAUUGACUAUGGCUGAAUUUAUUUUGUAUUUUUUUUAAUUUAUCAUUUUGAUAAUAAAGGAAGUUUUAGUAUGAA